CCUCCUGCUCGGCUGCCCGGGGCCGGGCGCUGGGAGGGCGCCGCCCGGACUCCGGUGUCUGCGGGCAGCGCCGCCGCUUCCCGCUCCGCACGGGCAGGACGUGGAACUCCGGAGGGACGAGCCGGGGACUGGCCCUUGCCGGACGCUCGCUGUCUGAAGCUGCGGUUGCUCAGAAGCAGAGGGGACCUGGCAGCGGAGGACUGGGACUAGACGCCCCAGCAAUGACCAGCUCCCCUGUCUCCAGAGUUGUCUACAACGGCAAGAGGAAUAGCAGUCCCCGCUCUCCCACCAGCAGUAGUGAGAUCUUCACCCCAGCCCAUGAGGAAAAUGUACGCUUCAUUUACGAAGCCUGGCAGGGUGUGGAGCGAGACCUGCGGAGCCAGAUAUCUGGCAGUGAGCGUGGCCUGGUGGAGGAAUAUGUGGAGAAGGUCCCUAACCCCAGCCUGAAGACAGCCUUCAAACCCAUCGACCUGAGUGACCUGAAGCGCCGGAACACGCAGGACACCAAGAAAUCUUAGAGCACCCAGCCCUCCCCGCCUCUGGAAGACCAAGGUGCACUUAACCUUGGUUACCUCCUGUUUUGUGGGCCACCCCUGGAGGGGAGGGGCCUUGCCCCAGCAGGCAGCAAACCUGGGCCCCCAGGACCAUGUGAUUGAUGGCUGGGGCAGCCCCUCCUCUCCAAGCCCCUCCUUUCCUCUCCGGGGCCUCUCAAGCUGCCUCUGUCACUAGGGAUUGUGGACCUGCCAGCCCUGCCUUCCUCCUGGCCUGGCUGCAUCUGUGGAGCUACCUGGCCUCCUCCUUUCCCUACCCCCACCCCACCUCUGCCCCACCCUGGCCUCAGGAUCAGGAGGGAAAAGAAGGUACUUCUUGUGACCCUGACUCAUGGCAUUGGGCUAAUUUUGUCCUUAAGGUGGCCAAGACACAGAACAAGGCCAGCCCCCUGCCCCCUGGCCUAGCUUCAGUCUCUGCAGAGGCUGCUGCUCCUGUGGCCUAGCCCCUGGAGGGGUCCCCAGCGCAAGGCCUGGCCUCCUAGCAUCUGGCUCUGUAGCCCCUUGGGCAGGGCACCGAGGUGACCAUGAAGUGGUGGUGCUGAUGAGUCUGUCCUGGCUCUUUGGGGGAUUGCUAGGAGGGUUACCAGGGUCCCUUUUCUCCCUGUGCCCUCUGAAAGCCAAGUGUCUGUGUGACUCUGGAGCCUGGAGAUCCAUGAAUAAAGGCGGUGGCACUGUA